CAUCCAACAGACCCAAACCAAACAAUCUUUCAUUUCUUCAGAGUUGAUCUCAUUCUUAACACGAGUUGAUCUCGUCUAAGCUUUUUACUCUUAUAAUCUUUCCAUCCAAGAUACCCAUUUCUUUCCGAUCAAUCGCCAAGAUGAAGUUCAACGUUUUCCUCAUUGCCGCUCUGGCCGCCACCACCUCUGCUCUGGCUAUCCCUAGCAACUCAGAGUCUGGACUGGUCCUUCGUCAGAACCAGAACAACAACAAUAACAACAACCAGCAGAACAACCAGAACAAUGGCAACCAGAACAACCAGAACAAUGGCAACCAGAACAACCAGAACAAUGGCAACCAGAACAACCAGAACAAUGGCAACCAGCAAAACAACAACCAGCAGCAGAAUAACAACAACAACAACCAAAACAAUAACAACAACAACAACAACGGCGGUGCUACUGCUGGUGAUGCUGCUGCGGGUGAUGCUGCUGGAGGAGCCGCCGACUUUGGCAGCUGCACACCCACUAUGGACUUCCAGCUCGGCCGCGCUGGCCGGAAGGCGACCGAGGGCACCUUCCUGCCUACGGACGCCAAGGUGGCCCAGGGCCAGCAGGACGCGCUGAACCCCAACAUCAUCACCAACCGCAUCUGCGACCAGCUCACCAACGUCUGCGGCGCCAACGCCGCGGCCAAGGCGCAGUGCCAGGCUGCCAAGGCGCAGGUUGCCGCGCUGGGCACCAAGGAUGCCAGCACUGCUGCUGCUUUCAACCAGGCUUUGGGCUUUUAAGCAAGUUGUUGUAGUGUAGUUACAAGCACAGUCUUAAAAUAAUAUCAUGCCUUGAAUGAAAUGC